AUGGGACUAGCGACGAAUUGCAACAACCCGGAGUUGGAAUGGGUGGUGCAGAAAUACGGCGGCACAAGUAUAGGCAAAUAUGCCUUUGAGAUUGCCAAAGACAUUAUCCGGUACGGUGCUGUGGGAAACGCUGCGCCAGAACCGGGUUGCCGUGGUGUGCUCGGCCCGAAGCACCACAUCCAAGGCGGCAGGCACUACAACACGGCAUCGAGGUCUCGUGGUGCAGCGCCCCUCGGCUGCCUGGCAACACUACAGACCAAACUCCAGGUCAUUGUCGAGGAGCACAUUGCAGCCGUCGCACCUUCACUUGGGAGCAAAGCUUCUCAACACUCUUUUUCUGAGAGGCUGGCACUGGAAAGUCAAAACACAGUCUCGGCCGUUGCUGGUGCUUUGUUCUCGGACAAGUAUGACUACGGCUUCGUCCAGGACCUGCUGAUGAGUCUGGGCGAGAAGCUCAGCUGUCUGUGCAUGGUUGCGAUUUUACAAGAUUUGGACAUCGAAGCCGAAUACGUAGAUCUCUCCACGAUCCUUCCCCGCCAUUCCGCCGCCACCGCAAAGUGCCCGUCGUCGUACGCCGCGCUCUCUACCGCCAUCGCGCGGAGACUCUCCGCCUGCGGCACGCGCGUGCCCGUCAUCACCGGCUUCUUCGGGUGCAGCGACGGCGACGGGGGCAUGCUCGCGUCGGCCGUCGGCCGGGGGUACACAGAUCUGUGCGCGGCGCUGUGCGCUGUCGGGCUCGGCGCCGCCGCGCUGCAGAUCUGGAAGGAGGUCGACGGCAUCCUGACGGCGGACCCGUCAAGGGUGCCGCGCGCGCAGCUCAUCCCGCACAUGUCGCUGGCCGAGGCGGCCGCGCUGACGGAGCACGGGUCGGAAGUCGUGCACGCCCUCGCGAUUCGGCACGUCAUGGAGGCGGCCCCGGGCAUGGCGCUGUGCAUCAGGAACGUGAAGCGUCCCGCGGGGGCGGGCACGGUGGUGGCGGCGCGCGCCGGCGAGGCCGCGAAUGAUUCCGACACGGAGUGUACGUCGCUCAAGUCGGUCGAGGUGUUUUGUCGGGCCGUGACAGUCAAGAACAAUGUCUGUGUGUUGCAUCUACGGCCAAGGGAGGGCACGUCUUGCUUUCCCAAGAGGGCGAAGACGUUCUCUCGAGACGCUGCUACCGUUGAAUUCACCACGCCGGAUGCGUCUCGGCUGUCACCGAGUUCCAAGUCGAGAAGAUGGCCGACGUUUUACUGGUCUUAUAUCAAGCGUUUCCUCUUUGGCCCUGGAAGAUCUGGCUCCUCACAGAGCGCCAGCGUCAUUACUCUGAUCUGCAGUCGCGCCGACGGUCAUGGUCGGCUGGCAAGCCAGGUGCGCGCAAUUUUGAGAAGCGAGAGAAUACCGUCUACGCUUUUACCACAAGGCAAGUCCGGCAUUACCAUUUCGAAAUACAUGAUUGUAUUGGCUAACGAUGGACACAGCCGACGACUCUGGGUGCAUCUCAUGUGUUGUGCCUUUGCCAGACACGUUACGGGCUAUGAACCUCUUACACGACCAGCUUUGCUUGCUCUGUGA